CCAGCUUUGCAAUUGAACUGCUCGGUUUCAUCAGUACGUAGUGAUGUCAGCUCACGGUUGUAGGCGUGUUCAACUGCGCGACUUUUAAAACAAUAGUAUCCGGAAGCCUGGAUCUUUCUCGGAAGAUCCAAGACGUCAGCAACGGUCACCUUUUGUUGCAUUUCCAGGUGGGAAUGCCUUCGACACCAUCAUCCAUCCAUCCAUCGGAGUCUCUAAAAGGAACCAAGCUGGUCCUUUGGAGACCAUCAUAGUCUUUGUGUUCCGGAAGACAAUCAACAAUCCCCCAAAGGGUUGCCAAGAUAGAUAGAUACCCAUUUCAUUAUUUUUCUAGAGAGUACCAUGCUACGAUUGACGAGUCAAAAAGUCCUUGGGAGCAACCGUGUUGUGGCUGCUACAACACGAGGCUUCGCUUCGGUUCCGCAAUGGGCGACCAUGGAUCCUCACCAGCUGGGUGUGGAUGCGACACCGUACGAUGUUUCCAACUGUGUGGGUGGGAAGUGGACCGCCGAUACCAAAUCCAAAAUGAUUAUCCCCCAUCCACUCGACAAGGAUGCUCCUCCCAUUUUUACCAUUCCCGAUACCCAAGCCGACGAAGUGGAACCCUUUCUCGAAAGUCUGCGAGCAUGCUCCAAGACGGGUUUGCACAAUCCACUCAAGAAUCCAGAGCGUUAUGUGCAAUAUGGAGAAAUUAGUCGACGAGCUGGCGACGCUCUCAUGCAACCGGAUAUUGCCGAAUUCUUUACCCAAUCCAUUAUCAAAUGCGUGCCCAAAUCUCACGCCCAAGCCAUGGGAGAAGUAGCCGUCACGGCCGCAUUUCUCAACAAUUUUGGAGGAGACAAUGUCCGCCGUCUCGCUCAAUCCUUUGGAGUUCCGGGAGAUCACUACGGUCAAAUGAGUGUGGGACACCGUUGGCCCUAUGGCCCAGUGGCAUUGGUGACACCCUUUAACUUUCCGCUCGAGAUUCCAGUCCUACAACUCAUGGGCGCUCUAUUCAUGGGGAACAAACCGGUUCUGAAACCAUCCGAACAAGUCUCGAUUGUCAUGGAGCAAUUCAUUAAACUUCUGCAACAUUGUGGCAUGGAUCCCGCCGAUGUCGACUUUUUGAAUUGCAAGGGGCCCGUGGCGCAAAAGGUCAUUGUGGAAGCACCCGUGCGCGUCACACAGUUUACCGGAUCCUCCAAAGUGGGAGAGAUGCUGUCGGCUGCCACCCAUGGCAAGGUCAAACUCGAAGAUGCCGGAUUUGACUGGAAAAUCAUUGGUCCGGAUGUUGAUAAUGUUGACUAUGUGGCGUGGCAGUGUGAUCAGGAUGCCUAUGCCAGUAUUGGACAAAAGUGCUCGGCGCAAUCCAUUGUCUUUAUUCACGAAAACUGGAAGGAUGUCGGAUUGGUGGACAAGAUGCAAGCCAAUGCCGCCAAGAGAACGAUGGAUGACUUUACCGUGGGACCCGUCUUGACCAAUACCACCAAAAAGUUUUUGGAUCACACCAACCGGUUGGCCAGUAUUCCUGGUGCCAAGGUCCUUUGGGGUGGCAAGGAACUGGCCAAUCACAACAUUCCCGAGCAAUAUGGAGCCGUCGAGCCGACGGCUGUCUUUGUGCCACUGGAAGAAAUGAUGAAGGAGGAACACUUUGAUGAUUGCACCACCGAACUCUUUGCACCAUUCCAGGUCGUGACCUUUUACAAUGAUGAUUCGUUGGAUACGGUCCUGGAGGCUACCGAACGCAUGUCGCAUCACUUGACGGCCGCCGUGGUUUCCAACGAUCCUGCCUUUCAAACCAAAGUGUUGGCCAACACGGUCAAUGGUACCACCUAUGCCGGACGACGAGCCCGCACCACCGGAGCCCCGCAGAACCAUUGGUUUGGACCGGCAGGAGAUCCUCGUGGAGCAGGGAUUGGAACUCCAGAAGCCAUCAAACUGGUAUGGUCUUGUCAUCGAGAAAUCAUCAAUGACAAUCUCGUCCCUGCAGCAUGGAGUCAACCAAAGACAACCUAACUGACCAUCAGUAGAGCUGGUGCAUUCAAUUCAGGACAGGUUAUCUUAGAUGGACUCGGAAGAACGGUGACAAGAAAGCACAUGUGCGAAAUCUCCUUUUUUCGAUGAUUUGUGGAGUACUAGUAUUUGUGGUAUGAAUUCAGUCCUUUUCGUAGGACUCUUGAUAGAACAAUACACGAGACGAGAUGAAGUAAAUAAAGGCUAACUACGGCCACACUUGGGUUUGCAGCGUACUUGUGCUCUACGAGCAGGACAACUAACUUAGCUCAAUCUGGUAGCGCCAACUAUGAAGCACCACUCACGCUCGGUCGCUUCCCAUUACGAUUCCAUUAGUUCCAACAACAAACACAACUACUUCAGGGGCCCGAUCUGUACCGUACUCGACAAUCAUGGUCGUGGGGGUAGGGAGUUCAUGGAAUGAUUCGAUUCGAUUCGAUUCAAUCAUUCGAAUGUGGUGCAUGUACGUUCCAAAGUUGAGAGCGAGCACUUUUGCAGCCGAGAACAUUGAGAACGAACAUGAUAUCUGAGCGUUUGCAUGGAUCAAUCAAUCAGGACUUGUUCAAGUCGACUGGAUUGGAUUCCUUUCGGCCACUCAGCAAUCUACUGGUAGCGCCAAUUGUUGUUGCUGCAAGGCAAGCUCGCCAAGGCCUGAAUCAUCCCACCCUUGUUUCCUUCUCUCUGCUUCUUAAUUAAGUCGUCAUGUGGUUGUCAACGUUUUGUUGUGGCUGUGGUUGUGGUUGCGGUUGCGGUCCGAAAGAAAGGACGCCACUUGAUUCUUCCCGAGCCGGUUCCAAACACGCUCCGUAAUGGGUGUUCGUUGUGCAAAGAUGAAUGCAUUUUGGUAGCCUCCCUCGGUUUGCACCUUGACACGGACCCGUGCCGCUUGAGUAGCAUCAUCCAUACUACUACUGUCAAUGCCUAAAAACAAGUGUUCGGCCCAGGUUUCAAACUUGUGUUGGAGAUGCCAUCGGGGUGGUCCGGACCAUUGCUUGCCCUUGAAUUUACCGUUGGCGCAGACCCAACGAGCCGGAAAGGAAUGCCCACAAAGAAUGUUUCAUCGCGUUGCGCAUGGGUGGCAAACAACACGGUUUGAGCGCCAAAAAGGAAAUACUAUCGGGAUUGUUGUGAAAUAAGUCCACGGCCUUGAGCGACAGUGUCCCACACAAGUAAGUGAACCGCCAAAACCAGGACAUGUCCGUCCGCUUGGGAAAAGAAUCGUUUGUGCAACGUCCGAUGAUUGCAGGAUUGUUUGAGAUCUUGUUUGGAUGUCACGAGUGGAAUGGGCCAGAGAUCUUGGUAGAUUGUAUUAUUAUUAGUACAUGUAGUAGUAGUAUUGUUGUUGUUGUUGUUGGAAGAUGGUACGGUC